AUCUCGAUCCCGGUUCUGCUGAUCAAGUUUUGCCCGGAGCCCAACCCUGGAAAAAUUUCACGAAAUGAAAGAGGGUAGACAGAACACGACAAAGCACGAAAAUAGCCGAUAUUAAGACCCUGAUGGCCUGAUGGUAACUAAUUCAGCUUUAAGUUGUGUUGAGCUUCUGUGUUUGUUUAUUGUGGUCCAAAAGAGGUGCUAGGUAAAUUAUCUAUCUAAAAAUGCGAGAAAAUCGGAGGAAUUUCAAACCAUGAAAUAGACAGUUGAGUUAAUAAAAUGCCGCUGAGAAUUUUAAAAAAUGGAAUUAGUGUGAAUUUGGUCUGUUUAAUUAAGAUAGUACACCUAACCUGCCUAAAAUGAAGUGCAAACAAAAAACUCUGGUGUUUUGUAUAUUUUUCUAUACCUUGUGUUCCUGUGAAAAUGUAUAUAAUCAGACAACGAACAAUAAGGAUAAUGUGGCCAACAUAAAGGGGUUUUACUUGAAAAAUAUUGCCAGUGAACUUGGGAAUGAACUUCAAAGAAUAACAAGCGAGGAGCUUUUUGUGUCCAAUAUUCAGGUGCUAUACAAGGAAUUUAAGUAUGUUAAUGUCUAUCAGGAUAUUGAGAACAUAGUGCAAAUUACAGCAAACAAAAUCAAUGAAAAGCUCAAUGAGUCUUUUCACAUAUUAAAUGAAACCAAAGCUUUUAUUGAGAGCUAUGACAAAAAUUACAGUAGUUUUUUAGAAUCUUAUGUUGUACCAUGUAACAAUAAAGAAGACAAUCCAGAAACUUCAUUACAAAAAUUUCUUCAUGAGCAAAGAGAGAAUGUUAGAAAACAUAAAGAAAGCCUGAAACAAAUUUAUUUUCUGUCCACUCAUGAAAUUGGAAAGCAUACUAAAGCAACAAUAUUCAAUUGUAAGAAACAUGAUCAGUCUACUUUAUGGAAGCUAUAUAUGGAGAGGGUAAAAACAAAACCCAAAAAUGUAAUGCUAUUAGUUGAUCAUGGAGCUACUCUUAACAAUCACCAUUUAGAUAUUAUUAAAGCAAUGGCCAAACAAAUGGUCUCAGUUUUGGACAGUAAUCACAAAAUAGGCGUAAUUAGUAUUUCUGAUGACUGGGGGGCCCCAUACCUUACAGAUCAGUGCUUAAUGCCAAAUCAAAUACCACCCUUCAGUGAUUUUCAACAUAUUAUGUCACCCGCCACAGAUAACAACAAAUAUUUAAUUAACAAAUUCAUAGAUUCCCUCAGGAAAGGAAAUGGACCAACAAAUCAUUCUCUAGGAUUUCAACAAGCUUUGUACACAAUAAAAAUGAGCAAUUUAGACAUCAACGAAAAUGUUAUGUUAGUUUAUAUAAGCAGGGGAAUGUUAUCGUCUUUGACUGAAUCAAAAGCAGUUUUGGAAACGAUUAUGAAAAAUUUGCAAGACAUUAACAAUAAUGUUAUUAUAAAUACAUGUGCUGUAGUUGACGGUACAAAACCUAUUAUGUACGAAAUGCACUUUCUUAGAGAGAUAGCCGAACAAAAUUACACGAAGUAUAACAUAGAAUUUAAAGGGAGCAACCAUAAGGGCGCAUUUCUUACAGUAAACUCAAAUCAAAGCAUCGGCCUCACUGCCGCCAGAUUCUACAACAUUAUGAACAAAAUUAACGUAACUGAAUUGGGAAUACGAGUGUCUUACCCGACGUGGGACGAAAUUUCUAAAGAUCUUGCGGUAUCUAUAACGACUUCUGUUGGACCCAAUGGCGAAUUGGGCUUAUUGGGAUUGGAUCUCUACUUCCUAAACAUAGUAGAGAACAUUACGUAUUAUAGUAAUUAUCAUUACUAUACGUACGCGUUUUUAAUUAACAAAAAAGGUCAUUGUUUAAUGCAUUCGUUAUAUCCGCGACCUGAAGUCUUCAAACAACAACUAAACUAUGUCGACAUCUCCUACAUAGAGAAGACCGAAAAUUUCGAGAAAGUACGGGAACUUCUGCUAAGUAAAAGUAAAGGAACACACGUUCUAAAAACUGCUAACGAAACUCUAAAAUAUAUAUGGCAACAAGUUCAAAAUUUAUACGUGGUCUGUAUGGUAAUACGCGAGCACAAUCCGCCACCAGUUCGUCCGGACAAAGUAACAUGGUUUUCAUCAUCUUCCACGAACGAUCUCAUAUAUCACAGACUCGAUAUAUUACCUAGUGCCAACGUUUGUAAACAUCUCAAUCAGAUAGCGACAUUUGAUGCUGGAGCUCUCUACUUAAGUGCAUCCACGUUCAAAUCGCCGUUCGGAUUUCUGCAUUCUGCCGGUGCGUCAAUGUCACCAUUGACUGUACAAAAAUAUAUGGCUUAUUUAAAGGACAACACCCGAUUACUAUCCAGCCCUGGAUUGAGAGAAGAUAUACAGGAUGACGUGGUAGCAUUAGCUUAUAUCCUAGAGCUUUUUAGAACGCAGCAUAUGGACGGAUUAAGAUACAGAUACAUCGUGAGAAGAUACAUUGCUUCGCCCAGUGGAGUUUUAGAGGUCUUUCCCGGUGAACUCAUUUCUCCAGGAUUAGACCCCACAAAACGUGCUUGGUUUCUUCGGGCGUCCGAUCAUAAAUACCAGACUGUUUUAAUACCACCUUACCUAGAUGCCGGAGGAGCUGGUUACAUAGUAACUCUUGCCUAUGCUACCUCACAAGUGGUGGUGGCGAUGGACGUAACGCUGGGUUACAUUUACAAAUUAAUGCUGGAACAUAUGCCUUUCUGUUCUAUCAAAAAUAUCAAGUGCUUCCUGAUGGAUAACUACGGCUAUCUCAUUUAUCACCCAAACUUGAUAGAUCCCAAAGGACACGGUCCUAUUGAACAGCAGCACAUCAUCCAUAAAGAGUCUUUUGUGGCCAACGACAUACUGAAUCAUAAAAACUUCAUGACGAAAAUGUCUUGCAAUAACUACGCCGACGGUACAAUACAGAGAUUUUACCAGUUGAAUUUGAACAUGAGCGACGUUCUAACGAACGUGGUCCACGGAGAACAUUGUAUCAAAUAUCAGGUAACGUCGAUACCUGGAACAAACAUUUUUGCCGGAAUGGUAAACGCUACCUGCGAAUUCAUUACAACAUUUUGCCCCUGCAGCAUGACCGACAGGUUCUGUCUGAACUGCAACAGAAUGGAGCAAAAAGAAUGCGAGUGUCCCUGCGAAUGCCCGUUAAAUUUGGAAACGUGCACCUAUCACAACAAAAGCUUUAUGAACAACCCAACGUGUUCGAUAGUUCCAGAGGAUAACAAUUUCGUUCCGUUAGAAACGGCAAAUAAAGUGACUUUAAACUUGAGACCUUGCACUUUGGUGUCUUGCGAGGAACAAUUAACGUACGAAUCGUGCUUAGGAGUUUUAGGGUGCGAGUGGUGCCGUACGGAUGUUGAUGGAGAAAGUCCUCUAGUAAAUCCUUUCUGUACGUCCCAUACGACCUGUUUCAACGGUAUAUUUGGUUUGGCUACACCAUACGGACAUGCUGGUGAUAGUGAAGUGUCUCCAAAUAAUAUUUUGCCGUCGACAUUUUCCCCCGUAGUUCCAAUUAUAGGAUCUAUCGUAGGUCUUGUUCUGAUACUUGCCCUAUUAUUUUUUCUCUACAGAUCUUACACGUCUCCUUCUGUAGAAUGCUUUUAUUUGACAUCGACCCCCGACAACCGAGUACAGAUGAGUGAUUUUAAUUUGAGUGAAAACUUUAACGAAUUGGGAAACCAUCAGGACAGACUCUUACAAGACACCAAGAAGGCUGAACCAAUUUCACCGUAUUGCGUCCCUAGUGCGUACAGGAAACCCCUGACCGCUGCAGAUUCAGACCACGGUUAUUCAACAAUGACCCCUCACGAUGAAUCUGAACAUCUCUCGUUUGUACCUGUAGAAAUCGACUCUUUGGAAGACGAUUGUACCUCAGAUGCCACGUCCAUUAACACUUCCGUUUCAUACAAACAACCCCACGGGAGUAAAUUAGAACCGCGAAUCAAAAUACGAACCGUUCCAGAAGUCACCGAUUUGCCUGGAAAAUCUGCGAGUGGGAAGCCCGAUGUAACUACUGAUCUGCAAGGGAAAACUGGACCCAAUAAAAAUUGUGUCGUCACCCAGGUAACUGUACACAGGAAUAUGGAAGCUUUGCAACAGUAAAUAUACUUUUCAUCGGCAUAUUUCAUAUAUGAAUCGUAAUCGGUACAAAAAAAAAAGAGAUAAACAUUUAUAAACAUUCUGAAGAAAAGUAUUAUUAAAAUUAGCAGUUAUAUUUUCGAAAAUUGAAAUAAAAUUGAAUACGCUUCAUAUAUGUACAACGACAAAAGAAGACUUAAGUAGAUUUAAGAUCUAUUUUAUUUUAUUUAUGUUCUCGUGAAUUGUAUUUAAAGUGCUUUUUUCAUGCAACAGAUAAACGACCAUUUCGUAAUUAUUUAACUACAUUAAAAUUACUUAGUUCCACAAACAACUGCAAAACAAUCAAGAGUAGUACCAAUUGCGCCUUAAAAAUAGACAAAACAAAACAAAAAAACAGAAAAAUUAUAAGGUAGGUACUCUGCAUAGUAUAUACAUACAUAUAUGUAUUAAUUGUUUUUUAACUUUUUCGGCAGCAUUUUAUUUAUAUUACGUAAUAAGAUUACGAAUUUUUUAUCGACCUAGCCUAUAAAAAUUACGAAUCGAUCGACUUUUUUAAUGAAAGUUCUAGUCACAAGUAUUAAGUAUCGUCAUUAAAAAAAAAGCACUCAUUUUUUGCACUAUAUAUGUAUCUUUACCGCAAAUAAUGUAAGAACCGAAUAAAACUGCCAUUGUAACUCAUGGAUCGGCCAAAUUUUGAUACAUUAGUAACAAGCUCAAAUUUUAUAAGCAUAUGGAAUUUUUGAACGAAUUUAUUAUCUAGAUAUGUAACGCGACAUUUUGCACAACAUUAGGCAAAUGUUAUUUUUUAUAAUGGUGUUAGCUUUUUCAAAAACCAUUAUCGAGCGUCAUUUGUACGUCAAUUGUGGUACAUAUUAAUGAAUAAAUGCAUACAUAUAUAUAUACAGCUAACCACUCCCUGAUAUUUGUAUUUUAGCCAUAAGAGCUGGUAAAGCAUGUUACUUUAAUUUGUUUUUAUACUGCAAUGAGACUGAUAUGCAUAUACAUAUAUUAUAUACAACCACAUACAACUAAUUAAUUUGAUGGUGUUAUAAUUGUGUAUAUAUAUAUAUGUAUAUCUUCACUGUAAUUAACAAUUAUUAAUUAUUCGAAUCAGUGGCGGCUCGUGAUGGAAUGAAGCGAGUGUUUUGCAGAUAUUCUGCUCGGAAAUUUUUUGAAGGGAACCAUCAACUUUUGAAAUUAGCUGGGCUUAAUGCAGCUCACUGACUCGUUUAAAUUCGCGGCUUAAUGCUAGCAAAUGGUUGAAGAGGGGAGAAAUCCGGUUGCCUCGUGAGACCUGUUUCAAUAAUAGAAAAAUACCGCGAUGCGUUCCACCAGAGAUGCAAAUUCAUGUCUACUCGCGUCGGAUGUGAUAUAUAUACUCAAAAUUAUUAUAUUAAUAAAUUUUAGUAAUUAAGUCGCAAAAACAUCGAAUUUUCUAGCAGUGCUGCAGCACUUCUGCACUAGCCAUCCCUGAUUCGAACAUAAUGUGAACUUAAAGCUCAUUAUGUGAAUGUUCGCGCGGUCUUUAAACAGUAAAAUGUAAGUUAUUAUUAGGUUUUAUAAACCAAAGAUGUUUUUACAAUAAAUAAUAAUUAAAAACGUAGGCUACAUGACAAACUGUCCAAUACGAGUACGUGACGAGUACAUUGUUUAAUAACAGAGGUGCUCAUUCCGCGAAAACCAGCUUUUUAACUGCAUUUAAUAACUAAAUUAAAUUUUAAGUUGUCGCACUUAAACAUGUAUUCAUACUAUGUAUUUAUAUUUACGCGUUUAGAGUAUUCUUCUAGAUACACCAUUUAUUUAACCAAUGUUUCUGUAAAUACAUAUCAAUAUGUCACUGUCAUUUAGGUUUAUAUACAUAAUAUGUAAUUGUUUCCGUCAAAAGAAAAAAACAAACAAAACAAACCAAUGCUUGGCUAAACGUCCAAUUACAGAAAGUGAUAUAAGUUUCGACAAUUAUGAUAUAAUUAUGUAUCUAUUAAUUACAAUACUUGUUCGCAAUUGGUUAAUUAAGAGAAAUUUUCUAUUUAAAAUAACCGAACAGGUAUUUCGAAAAGUUUAAUUUUCAUUUAAUUAGAUACUACGUAGUAAUGUUAAUUUUUUUAUUUUUAAUAUUCAAACGUUCUCCAAAGAAAAGUGAAAUUAGCACAUUAAAGGCUUGUUAAAAAAAAUUUAAUUCAUGUUAGUUUCACGAAAACCUUUUGAAAAUAAAAUUAACUCGUACUUAACGUUAAUCUCAACUACUAAAAAUAUUAUCAACUGUUUCAAUUUUCUUUGGAGAAUAUUUUUAUACACAGUAUUUAACUUUGU